UCAGUUCAUGCCAUCCAUUUUCGAUAGUUUUUGUUGUUGUUGUUAAUCUCCUUGAGACAUGGAAUUUGAAUAUUCGGAGCAACCCAUGUUGAGCAAGACCCUUAAAGUUCAAUCCUCCUCUUCGUAUGAGGAUUGCAAGCGUUCCGAAAUCUCAUUCAGAGGUACACUGGAGGAGGUGGAGGAGGAGGAGGCCAUGCCGAGGACCGAGUCCGAGGAGGUAAGGCUGUCUUGGCUCCGAUCUCAAGUCAUUGGCGCAGCUGCUGAAUUCGAUUCUCCGUUUGGGAAACGAAGACUCACUUAUGCCGAUCACACUGCCUCCGGACGCUCUCUUCUCUACAUCGAAAACUUCAUCCUCAACAAUGUCCUCCCCUUUUACGGGAAUACUCACACGUGUGACAGCUACGUUGGAAACCGGACUUCAAAAAUGGUGCAUGAGGCAGCCAAGUACAUCAAAAAAUGCUUAGGGGGUGGACCAGAAGAGGCACUCUUGUUUUGCGGCCAAGGCACCACCUCAGCCAUUAAAAGGCUCCAAGAGGUGAUGGGCAUUGCUGUGCCCUCAAUCUUGAGAGACAGAGUGAUAAAUAAUCUGAACACAGAAGAAAGGUGGCUGGUUUUUGUUGGGCCCUACGAGCACCAUUCGAACCUCCUCUCAUGGCGGCAAAGCUUGGCUGAAGUUGUUGAGAUUGGUGUAAAUGAUGAUGGCUUGCUGGACUUGGAGGCUCUUAGACUGCAACUUGAGAAAUAUAAAUAUGCCAACAGGCCAAUUCUGGGUUCCUUCUCAGCUUGCAGCAAUGUCACUGGGAUUUACUCUGAUACAAGAGCCAUUGCUCGACUUAUUCAUCAAUAUGGGGGCUUUGCCUGCUUUGAUUUUGCAGCAAGUGGGCCGUAUGUGGAAAUUGAGAUGAGGUGUGGAGAGAUGGACAGCUACGAUGGUGUUUUCCUGAGCCCACACAAGUUUCUUGGUGGGCCAGGAAGCCCAGGCAUCCUUAUCAUGAGCAAGGCUCUGUAUCAGCUCGGAUCUUUCCCUCCAUCAACUUGCGGAGGUGGAACUGUUGCUUAUGUCAAUGGCUUCUGCGAUAAGGACACUUUGUAUUGGGAGGACAUAGAAGAAAGGGAGAAUGGUGGUACUCCUCAAAUCAUUCAGAUAAUUCGAGCAGCACUGGCUUUUUGGGUGAAGGAAUACAUUGGUUAUCAAGUUAUAGAAAAACAUGAGGAUUUCUAUGUCAAAAGGGCACUAGAGAGGCUUCUUCCUAACAACAACAUAUGGGUUUUAGGAAAUACAAGUGCCAAGAGACAGGCUAUUUUCUCUUUCCUCAUUUAUUCCACCACCAAUCGUCCGUCAACAGCUGGCACGAAAAUAGAAGGUGGUGGAGAGGGUCCAAAGGAAGGGAUUUACAUGUGGAGGGAGACAGGAAAUGGCAAAGGUAAGCCCCUUCAUGGGGCCUUUGUUGCAGCUCUGCUCAAUGAUCUAUUUGGUAUUCAAUCUAGAGGCGGGUGUGCUUGCGCUGGACCCUAUGGUCACACUCUGCUCAAAAUUGAUGACACCCUUUCACCUUACUAUAGAUCUGCCAUUCUAAAGGUUCUAAUCCCAUUCAUCUUCUUCCUUUCAUACCACACUAAAUUAUGA